GAAAUUCCUACGCGACGAGCGGAGCGAGGAGCGAGCGCUACGAGCGAAAGGUUAUCGACACGCCUGCGCGGCACCCCGAUAGAUGGCGCGUCGUCCGACGCGGAGAGACACGCCAAUGGUUGACGUUUUAUUUCUAGGUUAUGUCUCGUUAGGCUAGUUUUAGUCAAUUAGCUUUGAUUAGAGGUGGUAUCUUCUUUUUCUUUUCUUUUUUUUUUUUUAAAUAAAUAUGCAUUUAUAAAGCUAUAUAAUGCCGCGGAAGAUACGUGUUAUGUUCGCGACCGCGACCGCGCUGGGUAUAUGCGUCGUGAUAUUUCAGUUAUGCUUAAUACUCGGCGACCGCAAACGAUUGUCUCUCUCAGAUGACGACGUGCCUGUCGUAUUGUGGUGGACGCCGUUCGGUAGUAGGAAUCGGGUGAAAACUUGCGGGGACGCUAGAUGUUACUUCACGCACGAUAGAGCGUUUGAGAGCAACGUACGCUUGAAAAGCAUUCUGUUUUACGGAAGUAAUCUUCGCGUCCGUGAUUUGCCCGGUUGGAGGAACAGUGCCAUAUCGUGGGGCUUACUUCACGAGGAAUCUCCUAGGAAUAAUCCUGUACUCGUUCACGAAGAAGCGCUCAAUCUGUUUAACUACUCUUCUACAUUUAGCAGAUUUAGUAAUGUACCACUCACGCUUCUCGACUUACCAGGUUUAGAAGAAUUAGUAGAAAAGUCGUAUUACAUGUCUACCAAAGAGAAGUCUGCAUUGAUGCAUGCAGAAGAUUUAGCACCAGUAUUAUACAUUCAAUCCGACUGUGAUACCGCUAGUGACAGGGAUCGCUAUGUCAUAGAGUUAAUGAAACAUAUUCGAGUUGACUCCUACGGUGCAUGUGUGAAUAAUGCACAGCUCGACGACAGGUUGAAGAACAACUAUCUCGAUAUUUUAAGUAAUCGUGAAUUCUUGUCCUUUGUGGCCAAAUAUAAGUUUACCAUAGCCUUUGAAAAUGCGAUUUGCGACGAUUAUAUCACGGAAAAACUGUGGAGGCCGCUUAUCGUUGGUUCUGUACCAAUAUAUUACGGAUCACCAUCUUUUAAGGAUUGGCUCCCAAAUAAUAAAUCUGCUAUCUCGAUAUUAGACUUUGCCGGUCCGAUAGAGCUCGCCAACUUGUUGCACAAUCUUUUAAAAAAUGAUUCCGCGUACGAAGAGUACUUGUCUCACAAAUUAAGCAAGCGCGAAAAUCGCGUUACAAAUAGCGAGCUGCUACGCGUGCUUGAAAGGAGACCGACGGGAAUUGCUAAUGAAUUUGGGAAUUACGUGGAAGAAUUCGAAUGCUUCGUUUGCGAACGAAUACAGAGGAACGAUCACAAAUUAGAAAAGAGCGUAGUGACGAAAAGACAGUACAAUUGUCCUCUGCCGAGAGAUCCGAUAACAGGCGAGAUCAAUAAGCGCAAUUGGUGGACAGAACAAUGGAAUAUUGAGAAAUGCGGAGCUAAGCUAUUAACUCAUUACGUAACUAAUAAUCUCAGCAUUAAUGUAAAUCGUUUUGACGAACGAAAGAUGAUCAUGUAUGACAAUAAUGAAUGCUGACACGUAAAAUGAGAAGUUUUGUACAAUUUUGAUAAUAUAAAUACUCGAAUGAUUCAUGAACGAGGAGGAUGAAUGCUUUAAGUCCAAGUUUAUGUUACAAGCAUCUCUUUUAGUAUUAUAGAAAUAUUUUUUUUUUA